UAUGACAGUGAUGGGUAUGUACAGGAGAGGAGUACGGGAGGUAUGACAGUGAUGGGUAUGUACAGGAGAGGAGUACGGAGGUAUGACAGUGAUGGGUAUGUACAGGAGAGAGAGGAGUACGGAGGUAUGACAGUGAUGGUAUGUACAGGAGAGGAGUACGGAGGUAUGACAGUGAUGGGUAUGUACAGGAGAGGAGUACGGAGGUAUGACAGUGAUGGGUAUGUACAUGAGGAGUGUGGGGAGUAUGACAGUGAUGGGUAUGUACAGGAGAGGAGUACGGAGGUAUGACAGUGAUCGGUAUGUACAGGAGAGGAGUACGGAGGUAUGACAGUGAUACGGGGGUAUGUACAGGUAGAGGGAGUACGGAGGUAUGACAGUGAUGGGUAUGUACAGGAGAGGAGUACGGAGGUAUUAUGACAGUGAUGGUAUGUAUGUACAGGAGAGGAGUGUACGGAGGUAUGACAGUGAUCGGUAUGUACAGGAGAGGAGUACGGAGGUAUGACAGUGAUGGGUAUGUACAGGAGAGGAGUACGGAGGUGUAUGACCGUUCCCAGGGAGGAGUAUCUCAGGAAGGGUCUAUAC